CCGGGGACUGCCGAGCUGGGGGGGCGCUCGAGCUGCGAGGAUCCGGGCUGCCCGCCGGAGGAGGAGCGGGCGCCCAGGAUGGGAUGCGUGAAGUCCAAGUUCCUCCGGAAUGGAGGCAAGGUCUCAAAAACCGAGCCCAACACCAACCCACACAGCCCCGUGUAUGUGCCGGAUCCCACGUCCUCGGGCAAGCGGUGGCCUGACAGUAGCAACGGCAACCCACCAGGGUCCGCAGAGGGUUCUGAGGAUAUCAUUGUGGUUGCCCUAUAUGAUUAUGAUGCCAUUCACCAUGAAGACCUCAGUUUCCAAAAGGGGGACCAGAUGGUGGUCCUGGAGGAGUCUGGCGAGUGGUGGAGAGCGCGAUCUCUGGCCACCCGGAAAGAGGGCUACAUCCCAAGCAACUAUGUUGCCCGCGUCAACUCUCUGGAGACGGAGGAGUGGUUCUUCAAGGGCAUCAGCCGAAAAGACGCAGAGCGCCAACUCCUGGCCCCUGGCAACGUGCUGGGCUCUUUCAUGAUCCGGGACAGCGAGACCACCAAAGGGAGCUACUCUUUGUCCGUGCGAGACUACGACCCCCAGCACAGGGACACGGUGAAACAUUACAAGAUCCGCACGCUGGACAAUGGGGGUUUCUACAUCUCGCCCCGGAGCACCUUCGGCAGCCUGCAGGAACUGGUGGCCCACUAUUCGAAGGGGAGCGAUGGACUCUGCCAGAAGCUGACAGUGCCCUGCAUGUCCUCCAAGCCCCAGAAACCUUGGGAGAAAGACGCCUGGGAGAUCCCCCGGGAGUCCCUCAAGAUGGAGAAGAAACUUGGAGCUGGGCAGUUUGGGGAAGUCUGGAUGGCCACCUACAACAAGCACACCAAGGUGGCCGUGAAGACGAUGAAGCCCGGGAGCAUGUCCGUGGAGGCCUUCCUGGCAGAGGCCAACCUGAUGAAGACUCUGCAGCAUGACAAGCUGGUGAAGCUGCACGCUGUGGUCACAACGGAACCCAUCUACAUCAUCACGGAGUUCAUGGCCAAAGGCAGCCUGCUGGACUUCCUGAAAAGUGAAGAAGGUAGCAGGCAGCCACUGCCCAAACUCAUCGACUUCUCAGCCCAGAUUGCAGAAGGCAUGGCCUUCAUCGAGCGGAGGAACUACAUCCACCGAGACCUUCGAGCCGCCAACAUCUUGGUGUCUGCAUCCCUGGUGUGCAAGAUCGCCGACUUUGGUUUGGCACGGGUCAUCGAAGACAACGAGUACACAGCGCGGGAAGGGGCCAAGUUCCCCAUCAAGUGGACAGCUCCCGAAGCCAUCAACUUCGGCUCCUUCACCAUCAAGUCAGAUGUCUGGUCCUUCGGAAUCCUGCUGAUGGAGAUCGUCACCUAUGGCCGGAUCCCUUACCCAGGGAUGUCAAACCCCGAGGUGAUUCGUGCACUGGAGCGUGGGUACCGGAUGCCUCGACCAGACAACUGCCCUGAAGAGCUCUACAACAUCAUGACUCGCUGCUGGAAGAACCGACCUGAGGAACGGCCCACCUUUGAAUACAUCCAGAGUGUGCUGGAUGACUUCUACACGGCCACCGAGAGCCAGUACCAACAGCAGCCGUGAUGGGGCGGCCAGGUGGGGCCAGGCACUGAGGCCAUGCCUGCGCGGUGGCUCCCGGCACCCGGCUCACCCUUCCUAUUCUCAGACACCCACCCUCCCUCCAGCCACAAUUUCUCAUCUGCCAAGUGGGUGGGACGGACUGGACACUCCCUUUUUGACUCUGGCGAUCCACAGUCUGAGAUUCUCAGGACAUUUCCAGUUGACAUUUCUACUG